AUGGCUUAUAUUGGGAUUCUUUCAGCCUUCCUUGCCCAUAUCUGUCUGCUAACGGCAUCUAGCCUAGACUUGGAAGGGCGUACGGCUCAUGAAGAGGAGCACAAGAUAACCAGGGAUAAGCAACCCAUCUACAACCAGCCUAGAAGCCAGGACCAUCCUGCCAUGUGGUUUAGGACCACGGAGAGCAGUGUCCUUGCCCAAAAUCUGGCUGAAGACUUGCCAAAGCAUGUGGCUUCUUUCCUAUAUACAGGGAAUUCUAAUGAACUCAGGCGAGCCAACUGUUCCAAGAGGUACGAACUGAGUAGUCUAUCAGGGGUUUCUCCCACAACUACUCACCAGUCUUUGCACAGUUCUUUGGAAUUACUUGUUCAUUCCUCCAACUUUUUAAACAUGAUGUUACAAAGCAAUAAAUCUAGAGACCACACCUCGCACAGGGACCUGGAGUGGUACAGUGCUCUCCUAAGGAGUAUCUUAGAAGGGGAACCUAGAAUUCAUCGGUCUGCCAUCACUUUUAAUGUGGACCCACUGUCCCAUAUCCCUCAGGUGUUUUUGCAGGCAUCUCGAGAGGAAGACAAGAUCCAUCUCCAAGAUCUAUCUUCUUCAGCCCACCAUCUAGCCAAUGCCACCCAGGAAACCGACUGGUUCCAUGCGUUCAAGCAAAAGUGGAGGCCUCACCAGCACAAGAGAUUUUUAAACGGUGCUAAAACUUUAGAGGACAGCUGGAAGAAGGGUUCCAGCUACCUUACCGACAAGAGUCACAUCAAGUGGUCCUCGCCUUUUCUAGAAUGCGACCAUGGGAAAUACAAACCCAACUGGCUCCUUUCUCUCUCUGCUGCAUUUUAUGGGCUUAAGCCAAAUCUUGUUCGAGAAUUCAGGGGAGUACUCAAAGUGGAUGUCAAUCUUCAGAAAACAGACAUCGAUCAAUGCUCAAAUGAUGGAUGGUUUUCUGGCACUCACCGAUGUCAACAUAACAGCUCAAAGUGUAUACCAAUUAAGGGCCUUGGAUUUGUUCUCGGAGCCUACAAAUGCAUUUGCAAGCCUGGAUUUUAUCAUCCUCCUGACAUCUUUUCAGAGAAUGGCUUUCAAAGGCAGACCGAAGAGAACCAGUUUUCUCGAGAAAUAUCUGAAGAGGAAUAUAAGUGUCUACCCUGCAGGGAAGAUUGUUCAUACUGUACGGCUGAUGCACCCUGCUAUGCGCAGGAGGACAAGAAUUUGCGGAUUGCUGUCAUCUCGUUCCAGGCUUUCUGCAUGCUGCUAAACUUCAUAAGCAUGCUUGUGGUCUAUCAUUUCCGUAGAGCAAAGAGCAUUCGAGCAUCAGGACUCAUUCUACUGGAGACCGUUUUGUUUGGAUCGCUUCUACUAUACUUCCCAGUGAUUAUUUUAUACUUUGAUCCAAGCACCUUUCGCUGCAUUCUUCUACGAUGGGUUCGCCUUUUGGGAUUUGCGAUUGUCUACGGAACUGUGACAUUAAAGUUAUACAGGGUUCUGAAAGUGUUUCUCUCUCGGACAGCCCAGAGAAUACCUUACAUGACCAGCUGUAGAGUAAUGAAGAUGCUGUCUGUAAUUCUGCUAUUAGUACUCUGGUUCCUUGUGGCCUGGACAUCUGCUGUUUUCCAAAACAUGGACCGAAAUAUCCCUCUGAUUGUCCAAGGGGAAACCUCCGACCACUUUCAGUUUAAGAUGUGUCUGAUUGAUCGAUGGGAUUACAUGAUGGCUGUUGGUGAAUUUUUAUUCCUCCUUUGGGGUAUCUUCCUGUGUUAUGCAGUGCGGACUGUCCCCUCUGCCUUCCACGAGCCUCGCUAUAUGGCUGUAGCCGUUCACAAUGAGCUCAUUAUCUCAGUGAUAUUCCACACCAGUAGGUUUGUGUUUGCAAAGAAACUUCAGCCAGACUGGAUGCUGAUACUAUUUUUUGUUCACACUCAUCUGACUGUGACCGUAACUGUGGGACUGUUGCUAAUACCCAAGUUUUCUCGCUCACAUAAUAAUCCAAGGGAUGACAUCGCUGCUGAAGCCUAUGAAGAUGAGCUGGACAUGGGAAGAUCUGGAUCUUACCUAAACAGCAGUAUCACCUCUGCUUGGAGUGAACACAGUUUGGAUCCGGAAGAUAUACGGGAUGAGCUGAAGAAGCUAUAUACCCAGCUGGAGAUUUAUAAAAGAAAAAAGAUGAUUGCAAAUAACCCACAUCUUCAGAAAAAGAGGUGUUCAAAGAAAGGAUUGGGGCGAUCAAUUAUGAGAAGGAUAACCGAGAUCCCUGAGUCAGUCAGCCGCCAGUGCUCCCGAGAAGACAAAGAUGGUGCAGAUCAUAGUAAUCCUAAAAAUACUACCAGUAAUUCAAAAAAAAAUCACCUGGAGUCAAAUACCCAUAAUGCAAAGUCAAAGGAAGACUCAAAGCAUAGACCGUUCUCACUGAAGAAGUCCCACAGCACAUAUGACCAUUUAAGAGGACCAAAUGACAAACCCAAUGGAAAUUCUUCAGAAAAGAUGGAUAUGUGUGAAAACGCAAUACAGACCUCGGUUAAUGGGAAGAAGCCAGAACAUAGAGAGACCGAAGAGCUGGAAGUGGGAUCUGCUGAAUCGGUACCCUUGGUCUGCAAGUCUGCCAGCGCUCAUAACCUAAGCCUAGAUAAAAAACCUUUGCACCCAAGUCUUUCUGUCAUACAAAAGUCACUUAGUGCCAUUGCUAACUCUAAAGAUAAAAGCCUGGGACUUAGUGAACAAACUAAAAGUGUAGAGGAUUCUGAUAAAUAUUCAACAGUAGACUCUAAUGAAAAUGCAAGUCACAAAGGUACGCCUUGCUCAAACAAGGAGGAGAACUUGGAGCAGCACAGAACAUCAAGUCCCAUUGAAGAAACCCCAAAAUCUCACAAACCUGGAAUUAUGAAGCAACAGGCAAUGAGUUUGACAUUGGCGGACACUGAGAAAAUGAUAGAUACUCUUGGAUUUAAAGAUAAAUUUGACAUUGAAGAGGUAUGUCCUUGGGAAAUGUACGACCUUACUCCCACUACAGUGCCUUCUGAAAACAAAGUCCAGAAGCAUGUUUCCAUUGCACCUUUGGACUCUGAAAAGAAUCAUACAUCACGUUCUAAGAGCAAAUCUCACAAUCGAUCUAAGACAACAGAUCAAGCACAUCAUCACUCAAAGCAAAAGAGUCCAGGUAAAUCUGACCUAAAUGCAAAAGAUAGCCAAGAACACGUCAUAAAAGAUGAAAACACAAAGUCUCAGUCCAUUGACACAGGAGCAACAGAUCAAGAGUUAUUGACCAAACAAACUGCUAACUCACAAGAAAAAGAAUGCAAAAAAAAUCCCCCCAUCACGGAGGGGGUAAUUCUAUCACCAGGUGGCCACCAUAAUUCUAACAAUAACCUACCACAAACUUUAGCUCUUCAAGCUGAGAUAUGUCCAUGGGACUUUGAAUCACAGGAUACAUUAAGUGUAAAGAGAAGUAAAGAUUCAUCUACCAGCUCUGAUUUAAGUCCUACAUCCCCUUCUAAAGACAUGCCAACAAGUCCUUCAAAAAAGAAGGGUGCAAAAAGUAUUGCAAAAAAAGAUGAAAGCAGCAUAAGGGGUCAAACUAAAAGUCAUAAAAAGGAGAUGGAUCCAAUCAUAAAGAUGGAUAAAUCAAAAAGUGCCGAGGUUUGCUCCAUGGUUGGAGACCAUUCCUUGGCGGUUUCAGUAAGUAAAGGGAAAAGUACCUCAAACCAACAUGGCAUAGACAAAUGCAAACUAGUGGAAGUGUGUCCAUGGGAAAGUCUUUCGACUUCACAGUCGGAUCAAGAUACAGAAUCAUCUGACAGUAAAAACAAAACAAUGCAAAAGCCAAAUAUGGUAGACAUCUGUCCAUGGGACUAUCACGAUAACAGUGGUGGGAAAUAA